UCUGCGUGUUGCGCAUGUCAGUCGCGUGUUCAUUCGGUCGUGGUUCAUUCGGCUCAUUCGCGCUAGACGGAGGCACACUGCCAAGGAACGGCACCUUUGUAACUAUGGCGGCGGAAGACAAAUAUUCAGAGAGUGAUUCUGGCGAGCCUGGACCAGCUGAACAGGCCUCAAGUCCUAAUCUCGAUGUGAUAAAACACCCACUUCAACAUCGUUGGAGCUUGUGGUUUUACAAGAAUGAUAAGAAUCGAAGCUGGGAGGAGAACCUUCUAGAAAUCACCUCCUUUGACACUGUAGAGGACUUCUGGGCACUUUUUAAUCACCUGGAGGCAGCCAGCAAGCUUCCUCUUGGAUGCGAUUACUCCCUUUUCAAGCAUGGUAUCAAGCCCAUGUGGGAAGAUAGCCGCAAUAAGCAAGGAGGUCGGUGGCUGUUCAACUUGAACAAAAGCCAGAGGACUACAGACUUGGACAAUUACUGGCUCGAAAUCUUGCUGUGCCUGAUAGGAGAGGCCUUUGAGGAGUUCAGCGAUGAUGUAAAUGGUGCGGUUGUCCAAGUUCGUCCCAAGCUCGACAAGAUCGCUGUCUGGACUGCUGAUGUGCGCCGAGCUGACGGCAAUAUUAAGAUAGGGAAGACAUUGAAGGAGAAGUUACGCAUGCACCCACGAAACAUCGUUCCAUACCAGGCCCACGCUGAUACUCAGUCUAAACAAGGUUCUACGGCAAGGGCUAGAUAUCAAGUUUAAAACAAUUUAGGAAAACGAAGAAAUGAGUUGAGGACCUGUGCUCUAGGGAACCAGCAGAUGUGCUGUGCUUAAACAACAAAAUGAAGCUGAAUUCGCAUCAUCUACAGCAACAAGCAGCAAGACUGCAAACCGGGGAUCUGCAAGUUCAAAAAGUUCCGUGUUUUUUUUUUUUUCUUGAGUUUUUUUAGUUUUUUUCUUGAGUUUACUUGUGUGCGUGUUAUGUGUUAUAUCUUUUAGAAAUUCAGUUGUUUAAUGUCUCAUUUGUGUUAAAUUAAACAUAAAUUAACAUAAAGAUAGUAUACACUUUUCACUUGCACGAUGUGCAGAAGUGGAACCUGUGUGCUUAUUAAAUGCAGUCCCAGUAGGCAGCAAAGAGUGCAUGCCUUGAGGUUUGUGCUGUGGCAGUUUGCAGCAAAUUUAUUUUUACUUCUGCAUUGCAAUUCUGCAGCAGUAUGUGCAGUUUAUGUUAUUUUGUAAUUGUGUGUUUCUGUUGUAAUUGUAUAAGGACGUCUUUUUUUUCUUUUGGGUAUUUAAUAAAGUGUCUCUUAUUCUACA